AACCCCAUCUCAUCAAGGACGAACAGAGGGGAAGCAAAACCCUCGUCCUCCCCCCUCCCUGUCGUCCGCAACCAGCCAAAGCCAAUCCCAAGUCGGGAGCCGCAACCACCUGCCGCAUCAGCCGUCGCCGUCGAUGGAGGCGGACUACUACAAGGUGCUCGGCGUCGGCCGCGGCGCCACCGACGACGAACUCAAGAAGGCCUACCGCCGCCUCGUCAUGAAGUACCACCCGGACAAGAACCCCUCCCCGCAGGCCGACACCCUCUUCAAGCAGGUCUCCGUGGCCUACGACGUGCUCAGCGACCCGGAUAAGCGCGCCAUCUACGACCAGUACGGCGAGGAGGGGAUCAAGGCGGGCGUCGCCCCGCCCUCCCCCUCCGCCGCGCACGCGCACGGAUUCGGCGGCGGCCCCGGGUUCCGCUUCCAUCCGAGGAGCGCCGACGAGAUCUUCCAGGAGAUGUUCGGGGGUUCGUACUUCGGGCAGGGGCCGCGCGGCCCCUGGAGCGGAGGCAGCGCUCCGCAGUCUGUCCCGGGGUGCGCCGCCAACGCUGCCGCCGCCGCCGCUGCAGGAUUCUCUCCAGGGUCAGGGGAGGCGUCCGGAGGGUCGGCGAGGAAGGGAGCGGCGAUCGAGCGGCAGCUAGCGUGCAGUCUGGAAGACCUGCACAAGGGCGCCACCAAGAAGAUGAAGAUCUCCAGGGAUGUCCUCGACUCCGUCGGGAAACCAAUGAGUGUGGAGGAGAUCCUAACAAUUGAUAUCAAGCCUGGAUGGAAGAAGGGCACAAAGAUCACCUUCCCCGAGAAAGGCAACGAGACACGUAACGUCAUACCAUCAGAUCUCGUGUUCAUAAUAGAAGAACGGGCACACCCGAAAUUCAAGAGAGAUGGGAAUGACCUUGUUUACACGCAUAAGAUCUCCCUCGUGGAUGCUUUGACUGGCUGUGCAGUCCAGCUGACAACUCUGGAUGGGCGAAGUUUAACCGUUCCCGUGAAGUCUGUCAUCAGUCCCACCUACGAAGAAGUUGUGCAGGGUGAAGGGAUGCCGAUCACAAGGGAGCCGUCUAAGAAAGGUAACCUAAGGAUCAAGUUUCAGAUCAAGUUCCCCACCGCUCUAACAGCUGACCAGAAGGCAGGGGUCCAGCAACUUCUGUCUUAGCUGUUCGUACAAUGUGAGUCCACGUUCUUUUCCUUUUGUUGAGCAGUUGGGAAUAGACGGUUGACAUGGUUACAAGAAUUGCUGAAUGUAAAAUCACUAUUUCAUGCUAGUGUAAAGCGCAUGCUUUCCGUAC